UACUGGUUGGGAAAUGGUUGUGACAUGCUCACUGCAGCUGUGACAGACUCACGUGGUCUGAAACGAGUCGGACCAGUUUCCAAGGCCAACCCGCCAACGUUUUGUGAAGGCCCGGGGUAAUGUCGCAGUACGGAAUGUGUGGCAGGGCUUAACGUGUGUGCACUUAGGCAUUGUUUCCUCGCUUCCAGGGCACAUAUUCAGGCUGAUCAUCAUGGCAAGCGCAAUACUACGUACGGGUUCUGUGUUGAGGAACGCCCUGCAGCAGUCCAGAGUGGUUCAGCAAGUCGCUACAUACAACUUGAAGACUUUCUCAACCAGUCCAGUGACAGGUAAUCUCGCAAGUCAACAUGUCGGAGUGAUAGGAGGGGGAAAUGUUGGGAGAGCAGUUGCCCUGGGUCUUAUUAAACACGGCCAUAAAGUGACAAUGUAUGACCCUGAUACGUCCAAUAAAAGCGAGUUGGAGUCGCACGGGGCCACCUGGGCAGGCUCGUCGGUAGAGGCGGGCCGGGCUGCCGAGAAGGUUCUCUUCACGGCCCUGCCGGCCCCGCCUGAAGUCAGACAGGUUAUGGAAGAGGACGGCGUGUUGGACCUGUUGAAGCCUGGAAGCUGUUGGAUUGACCACACUACCACGGAUCAUGAGGAAACCAUGCGACUUUUCGCCAAAUCGCAGGCUAGGGGUGUGGACAUGCUGGAGUGCCCCCUUACUGGUGGAAUGGAACUUUUAAAGGCCGGGCUGAUGACUGUGUUGGUCGGAGGAGACAAGGCUGUUCUGAACCAGUACGAGCCGCUGAUACGAAGUUAUACGGAUACUGUUCUGUAUAUGGGCCCGGCGGGACAUGCCAGUAUCGUCAAGGUGAUCAGCAACAUGCUGGCCGGAGCGCACAUGGUUCUCACCGGUGAGGCCGCCAUGAUGGCGAAGAGAAAUGGCGUCAACCUGAACGCCUUCUGGAACGGAAUCCGUGCAUCCGCGGGGAACUCCUUCGUGUUCGAGACCGAAGCACCCCUCAUGUUUAACGGCACGUACCAGCCAGGAUUUGCCAUCAAGCUUCACUGUAAGGACCUUGACCUUGGUCGGAAGUUGGCGUUUGACACGGAUGUGCCGAUUGAUCUCCUGAGCAUGACGGAACAGAUCUACCGUCGCGCCAUGUUUAGGUACGGACGGGAUGCAGGAAGCUCACAUCCUCCUAAGAUGCUGGAAGAAGAUCUUAAAGUGUCUCUUCGGACCGAAGGAUAUGACACCUGGAAUUAUAGUAUCAAAAAGGUGGAAAGUGACACCAUUGCUGUAGUUCAUCAUGGUAUAGGAGACGAAGCCAAAAACUGGGCGGACGAUUCAUAAACAGACUUACAGAAACCUAAAAAAUCAUAAAAUAGUUGAUAGCCUCAGCAGAGUAAAAUGAAUAAAUAAGAUUAUUUUGAUGUAAGCAAGUCUUGACAGUGGAGGACUAAGAGAAAUAAGCCAAAAUUAAAUAAAGACAAUUUCAAAUUAACUGCAGAAUAUUAUUUCACAGCAGAAGAAAUUAAACUUGUCAAAAUCAUAUAUUGAAUUUUUCUUAUGUAAAAAGAACGUUGUGAAAGCGUGGUAUUUACCUAACGUUUUUGUCAUUAGAACUUACCAAAAAUAACAGAUUAUAAUUAGUCUGCUGAUCCCUGACAUUUCUGACUCUACCAAUAAAAGUUUUUUAAAAAUUCA